UCAAAAUCGAUGUAUUCGUUAUUCAUAAUAUUCAUCAUGAUUCAUAAAUUCAUAAAUUCAUAAAUUCAUGAUGUAUAAUGCGACGAUUACCUAUGCGCAAUUCUAGUGGCCUAUAUUUUUGAUUGAUAAUUGAUAUAACACCUUAUUACCUACAACCAAUUGAUUGUAGAUAAUAAUAUUAUGUGGACUUGUUCUGUGCUUAUAUAGUUUUGAACUACAACGUAGUGAAACAAUGAUUUUCCAUUGAUAUAUUUUGCAACCAUUCCCGUUUAACAUUCAAUUAUGGCAUCAAAGCUCACUCCAAAAGUCAAAAAAGAAACGAAGAAACUCAAAUUGAAAAAAAACGACAAAACCGAUACGGUCAUCCAUGAAAAAGAUUGGUUUAUGCGAUUUGAUGCACCUUUGAAAAUUAUCUUGACUGCAAGGUUUUUUGCUGCGUUUCUCGUUCACAUUUCAGACUGUGAUGAAACUUUUAACUACUGGGAACCGACUCAUUAUUUUGUUUUCAACAGCGGUUUUCAAACCUGGGAAUACGCGCCUCCUUAUGCACUUCGAUCAUAUUUAUACAUACUUAUUCAUGCAGUACCAGUGUACCUUUACAAAGCACUGUUUAACACUAGAAAAAUCAUGUUGUUUUACCUAAUACGCUGUGUGCUUGCACUAUUGAGUUCUCUUUGUGAACUAUACUUUUACAAAGCUAUAUCAAAAAAAAUUUCAUCCACUGUUAGCAAUUAUUACUUGUUUAUAACAGUUUUUAGUCCUGGAAUGUUCAUUGCAUCUACCGCAUAUUUGCCCUCAAGUUUUUCUAUGUACAUGACUUUCUUAAUUAUUGGAGCUUGGUUAAACAAAAAUUAUGAAUUGGCAAUUUUUACAACUGCAUUGUCAACAUUUUUAAGUUGGCCAUUUUCAUGUCUAAUCGGGUUACCACUUGCAUGUGAUAUCACUUUCAGAAACAAAAAGUAUUUGCUAUUUAUUAAGUGGUGUUUGAUAUCAUUAGGGUCAAUUUUAGUUUAUCAAGUUGCUACAGAUUCAUAUUUUUAUGGCAAGCUUGUAAUUGCCCCUUUUAAUAUUGUUUAUUACAAUAUAUUCACGAGUCAUGGUCCUGAUUUAUAUGGUACUGAACAUUGGAGUUUUUAUAUACUAAAUGGUAUCCUUAAUUUCAAUGUUGUAUUUAUACUUUCGCUAAUGGCUCCUAUUGCUAUUGUAUUGAGAAAGAUUCUUACAAAAAUCGGGAUCAGAUUUUCUAAACAAAGCAAUAUUAAUAACAAAUCAACGUGGAUAUUAUAUUUAUCACCAUUGUAUUUAUGGAUUUUUGUAUUUAUAAUACAACCACAUAAGGAAGAAAGAUUUUUAUUUCCUGUUUAUCCAUUGAUACAACUGGCAUCAUCUAUAUUAUUAGAAUAUAUUAAAGAUAUGAAUUUUCAUUCCAGUGUUAUUCAUCGUUUUACUUUUCUUAAGCUGUAUAACAAAUUAAUUGAUAAUGCUUACAUACCUUUCCUCUUUGUAUUUUUAUUAAUGGGAUUGUCGCGAAGCACUCUAUUAGUUAAAGCAUAUCAUGCACCUAUUGAUACUUACACACAAUUGAGUAAUGAUUAUCUUACAUUGCCUGAAUCAGAUGUAAUAAAUGUUUGUGUUGGCAAAGAAUGGCAUAGAUAUCCUUCAUCAUUUUUUUUACCAAAUGAUAGAUGGAAAAUGCAUUUUAUUAGAUCAGAAUUCAGAGGACUUUUACCUGGUCGUUUUAGUCCAGAAUCUUUGUACAAAGUUGAAGAAAACUAUAAUGAUCAAAAUAAAGAAGAGUUAGAUAAAUAUAGUGAUAUUAGACUGUGUCAUUUCUUAGUAGACUUGAACAACAAUCGAAGUUCAGAAUUGGAACCUAAUUAUUCUGAAAAUAAUUUGCAAUGGGCUAUUUGGAAAUCUAUACCAUUUCUAGAUACCAAAAAAACACCACUUUUAUACAGAACAUUUUACUUUCCAUUUUUCUGGGAAGAAAAUGUUAAGUUUUCAUCUUACAAUCUCCUUAUGCGAAAUGAUUUUAAUAAAAUGAAUACUAAAUCGCACUCAGAGAAUGGUUCACCAAUACACUAUGUGUUUUAGACAAAGUGUCAAUGAGAUUAUAGUACAAUUUUUUAUUAUUUGUUUGAAGUCAUCGCAAAUCGCAAGUAAAAGGUUUCAUGUGAUACCAAUACCUUUCUACACCAAUGUAGUUAUUGAAAAGUACACUGCCAAGCAACAUUCUAUAGGUUUUAAGUUUCAUUUAUGUUAACUUGCUGAAUCUUAGAAAUUUAGAUUUGGUUUUUAUUUAAUAUUAUACAUAUAUUAAAAUGAUUAUUAUCAGACUAUUACUGAUAAAUCGGUAUAGACAUAAAAUAUGAUGUAUGAAUUCCAUUACUGUUAUCUUUAAGAGGAUGUCAGCUUAUUAUUUGUUUUCUCUCUCUUACCCUCGCGUAACAUAAUAAAUUUUACGUUCACAAUAAUAAUUCUAAUCGUAAUAAUUUCUAAAAUUAGAGUGAAAUUACCUUUUACAAAAUUUAAAGGUAAGAUUAUUCUCUAUGUCAUCUCAUAGACGUUUUAUUAUAUUUUAAUUUUAAAUUGAAAUAUAAGUAUUUUAAGAUGUAGGUACAAACAAUUUACAAUUUUAAAAUAUUCGUAACUUGCUUUAAAAUUAAAAUAUAAUAAAAAGCCUUUUAUGAGGUCAUUACACUCUAAUUUUAGAAACUAUUAUGGUUAUAACCAUAAUUCUUGUGAUUGUAAAAUUUGCUAUGUUGCGCGUGGGUCAGAGAUAGAAAAUAAAUAGUGCGCUGACAUCUUUUUAGAAAGAUGUCUAGCCCGCAUGUGUUGUUUCCCCCUUACAAUUUUUAGAAUAAUCUGCUAUUUCUUUAAAACAGGUCUAUCACUGUCUCCUUUUUAUGGGAUCCCAGGUAUAACCAGCAAUGAGCAUACUGGCUCCACCAAGUGUUUUUUUUUUAUAUUUGAAGCAAGUUACGAGCAUUUUUGAAUUGUAAUAUUUUAUAUACACGUCAUAACUUGCAUCAAAAUUUAAAUAUUGAAAAACUAAAGAAAAUUUUACUUAUAAGAUUAAUAAUAGGUAAAUCCACUAUUAUAAUAAAACUAACGAAGCUAUAUGAGAAUCAUUGAACCUUAUUGUUCUAUGUUACACACUUGUUAGACAAAGACAACACUGUACAGUGUACACAUAUGGAUGAGAUGCUCUUUUUAGUUAUGUUAUUUUUAGCUAGUUUCCAAAGUAUCUAAACAUUCUAAAGUCUACCAUUUAAAAAUGAUUAUGAAUUAACAAAUACUUUACCAAAUUCCUUCCUAAUAACUUUAUAGCUUAAACUAUUUGUCUCUUUCUUAAAUUAAUGGUAAUUUAUAGUUGUCUUAAGUCACCUAGUUAAAUUUGUUGUCAAUAUAUCUCAUUUUACACCAAUUCUGGUGCCCAACAUUAUUAUUAUUAUAUUACACUUACCGGACUGCAUCAGAAAAAUAAUACAUUAUUUUCCUAACAUUUUUCACCUAUAGUAUCUAAAACAUAGUAUAAAAUUACAAAAGUAUUUGAUCGCAACAAUUGAAAACUAACUUAUUUUAUAUUUAAAGACAACCAAUAUUUUAAUUACAAUUUAAAUAAUUGUUAAAAGAAUGAUCUCAUAAUGUACCAUGUUUUUUAAAAUUAUUUAAAUAUUUAGCAAGCCUAAUUGUAACCAUCUUAAAUUUGUAAGAUACCUAUAUAAAAUAAACUGAGAUAUGCAUUAUGCAUGUAGCAUUUAGAUAGGUUUAAUUUAUGCUUUUGCAUAUUCAAUUUAUACUAGAUAUAUUUAUGAUUUGGUCAACAUUUGCUUGUUCUUAAGUUUUAUAGAUCUAAUAAGCCACAAUUUUAAAUUGUUUUUAAUUUAAAUAUUGAAAUUGACUUGAAACUGUGAAGCAAAAUAUUGUUAUACAUGGUUUAACUAACCAACUUAGUACUUUGUAAUAUUUUUAUUUUCAUUCUAUAUUCUAUUAUUCUAUUAUUGAAUUAAAGAUAUAGAUUAUUUUAAUAAUGUUAAUUUGAAGUUAUAUUAUGUCCAUAGUACAUGUACUAAAUGUGUAAAAUAAGUAAUUGUUUAUAAUUAUUUUAUACCAUUUUUAUAUAAAGUAAUCCAUACUACAAAAGUUGUAUUAUUUUAUUUAUUUCUUAGAAUGAGUUGUAUAAAAUAUAGUAAUAUAAAAUAAUCACGCGAU